AAAAAAUAAUUGAUAACGAUCCUACCGUUUUAGAAAAUACCAGCGAAGAGGAUUUACAUAGAGAGUUGGAGCAUGGAAUAACCCACGCGUAUAAAAAUACAAGAGAAGAGAGUCCAGAAACAAAAAAAAAAAUUAAGGAAAUAAUCGUGAAUGCUCAUCGAAUACUGAUUGAAGAGACAAAAUAUGAUAAUGAUAGUUUCAAAAGAAAAAGAAAUUAUGCUCUGGUCUACAAAGGGGCCGUAAGAGGAAUUUAUCAGGGGUAUUUAGAAGAAAUAGUUAGCAAGGAAGAAUUAGGCGAUGAUGAGGAGACAGUAUUAGAGCAAUUUCAAGAAGCCUUAAUUUUGAGUCGAGACGAAGGAGAAAGAGCGGCGG